UCACCGUUUCUUGCCAGAAUUAAUCUAAUGAAGCAAAACAUUGGGCGGUGCGAAUUUUCCCAGUUCCCCAAUUUGUCAAAGACAAUCUGCCAGGAAGACGACAUUUCAAACUACGUUCAACAUUUAAAUGACCUCUCUUCAGAUUUUGAAACUAGGUUUGAGGAUGUUCUGACUAUGGUGAUACCACAGUUGAUAAUCAAUCCAUAUGGUGACAUUGAAGAAACCGAUGUCAUAUUACAAGCGGAGCUGAUCGGAAUAAGCACUAAC